ACGUGGUAAACAUUCGUCUGCGCCCCAAUAUCUCUCACUUCAGACGCUCUAGUGAAUUUUGAAAGAGAGUUUAAACUGAAACCCACACCUCUCUUCCAAUCUCAAAGAGUGAUUUCCCUCCGCUACGAACAUACUUUUAUCCAAGAGCUUAAGGUUUUAAUCCAAGUUCCACAUCCCUUUAAGAACCCUAGAAGAAAACAAUGGAGGAAAAUCAGAACGGUAAAGAAAGUUUGACAGUGCUUGAAAUUGAAGAAGAACCAAUAGUUGGUCCUGCUCCCCCUCCUCCUCGUCCUCGUAAACGUCCCCUGCAGUUCGAACAAACUUAUCUUGAUUCUUUGCCCUCUGCUAAUAUGUAUGAAAAAAGCUUUAUGCAUCGCGAUGUAGUCACACAUGUGGCUGUGUCACAGGCAGAGUUUUUAAUAACUGGAAGUGCUGACGGUCAUUUGAAGUUUUGGAAGAAAAAACCAAUUGGCAUCGAGUUUGCUAAGCAUUUCAGAUCCCACCUUGGACCUAUUGAAGGUUUAGCCGUUAGCGCAGAUGGCUUACUUUGUUGUACAAUUUCAAAUGACAAAUCGGUGAAGAUAUACGAUGUCGUAAACUAUGAUAUGAUGGUCAUGAUACGCCUACCCUUUGUACCCGGCACAGUUGAAUGGGUUUACAAGCAAGGAGACGUCAAGGCUAAGCUUGCCAUUAGUGAUCGCAACUCCCCGUUUGUUCAUAUAUACGAUGCACGUUCUGGUACAAAUGAGCCAAUUAUCUCUAAAGAGAUACACAUGGGCCCAGUAAAAGUUAUGGAGUACAACCAGAUCUUUGACACAGUAAUAUCUGCAGACGAGAAGGGAAUCAUUGAAUACUGGUGCCCUGCUACACUGCAGUUCCCGGAAGAUAGAGUGAGUUUCAAACUGAAGAGUGACACCAGUCUCUUUGAAGUUGUGAAGUCCAAAACAUCUGUUUCUGCAAUUGAGGUUAGCCCUGACGGCAAGCAAUUCGCCAUUACAUCUCCUGAUCGUAAAAUACGUGUGUUUUAUUUUAGAAGUGGUAAGCUUCGGCGACAGUAUGAUGAGUCCCUGGAGGCAGCACAAGAACUCCAAAGGGCCGAUGUUCCUCUCUAUAGGUUAGAAGCCAUUGAUUUUGGACGAAGAAUAGCAGUUGAGAAGGAAAUAGAAAAAUCGGAAAAUGUGCCUCAACCAAAUGCGAUCUUUGAUGAGAGCUCUAACUUCAUCAUAUAUGCAACACUUCUUGGCAUUAAGGUGGUAAAUUUGCAGACAAAUAAAGUUGCUCGAAUUCUUGGAAAGGUUGAGAACAAUGAUAGAUUUUUAAAAAUUGCUUUGUAUCAAGGUGACAGAAACAGUAAAAAGGUGAGAAAAAUUCCCGUGGCUGCAGCUAAUGUCAACGAGGGCAAAGAUCCUUUGACAGACCCCACUCUCCUUUGCUGCGCUUUCAAGAAACACAGGAUCUAUUUAUUCAGUCGAAGAGAACCAGAAGAACCGGAAGACGCAACUAAGGGAAGGGAUGUAUUUAAUGAAAAGCCCCCUGCUGACGAACUUUUGGCUGCUUCCGAUAUAGGAAAAUCUGUUACAACAUCUCUUCCUGAGAAUGUGAUUAUGCACACAUCACUUGGUGAUAUUCACAUUAAACUGUACCCAGAAGAAUGUCCGAAAACUGUGGAGAACUUCACCACUCACUGCCGCAAUGGUUAUUACGAUAAUCUCAUUUUCCACCGGGUUAUCAAAGGCUUCAUGAUACAGACAGGAGAUCCUCUGGGAGAUGGCACUGGUGGGCAGUCUAUUUGGGGUAGGGAGUUUGAGGAUGAGUUCCACAAAAGUUUGAGGCACGACAGACCUUUUACACUGUCCAUGGCAAAUGCGGGGCCAAACACCAAUGGCUCUCAGUUCUUUAUUACCACUGUGGCAACGCCAUGGCUGGAUAAUAAGCACACUGUAUUCGGUAGAGUUGUGAAGGGAAUGGACGUAGUACAGGGCAUAGAGAAGGUGAAGACAGACAAGCAAGACAAACCCUACCAAGAUAUUAAAAUAUUGAAUGUGACUAUCCCCAAGUGAAGCUUUUCCUUCUUAAGGAAAUGAAUUGGCAGAAUAUGUUUCAGUUGUUAUCCUGUUAAAUUUUUGGAUAUUUGUUUUCAGUAAUGAACACUAAAUCAGUUUUGUAAACACCACUAUAUUUCUCGUUACCUUUUAAGAAAUUCUCGUUUCCAAUGAAUGUAGAAAUCCGAGAACAUGUAAACAUUUUGUAUGAUAGGCAAAAAACACUGUUUUUUCACCUUA